AUGCUUCUGAAAGUUGCACCAGCUUUUGGGUUGUUGAAUUCCCAUGUCGAAAAUCUUGGCCCUUUGAUUUCCGAUAUUCAUUCGCACAAUAGUUUCGUGGGGAAAAGUGGAAAUGGGUAUGUGAUGUGCGCAUCGAAACCCACAAACAGAAAGCCUUUAACCGGUGUUAUUUUUGAUCCCUUUGAAGAGGUAAAGAAGGAGCUCAUGCUUGUGCCCUCUGUUCCCCAAGCUUCGCUUGCUCGCCAAAAAUACGCCGAUGAGUGUGAGACCGUUAUCAAUGAACAAAUCAAUGUGGAGUAUAAUGUUUCGUAUGUCUAUCAUGCCUUGUUUGCCUACUUUGAUAGAGAUAACGUUGCUCUCAAGGGUCUUGCCAAGUUUUUCAAGGAGUCCAGUCAAGAGGAAAGAGAGCAUGCUGAGAAAUUUAUGGAAUAUCAGAACAAGCGAGGUGGGAAAGUUAAGCUUCUGUCUAUUUUGAUGCCAGUUUCGGAGUUUGAUCAUGUCGAAAAGGGUGAUGCAUUAUAUGCUAUGGAACUUGCAUUGUCUUUGGAGAAGCUGACAAACGAGAAGCUUCUAAACUUGCACGCUGUAGCCUCCCGAAAGAAUGAUGCGCAGUUGGCUGAUUUUAUUGACAGCGAGUUCUUGGCUGAGCAGGUGGAAUCCAUUAAGAAGAUAUCAGAAUAUGUUGCCCAGCUGAGAAGAGUAGGCAAAGGACAUGGAGUAUGGCACUUCGAUCAGAUGCUUCUCCAGGAAGAGCAAGCUGCCUGA